GUUUGGCACCUCAUUAACCUCAAUGUAUAGAAGAGUUGGCUCUUAUUUCGCAGCCACACAAUUGGAACCUUUCACCAUAUUCUUUCAGCAGUUAGGCAGUGCCUAACUCACCUGGUAAAUUAUGUGCAGAACAUUCUUUAGGAGGCAAGAGAAACUAGACCUUAACCCUUAUAUUGCAGAAACCCAACUAGCAACCGAGUCGGUAGGUUUUCCCUCGAAUAAUCCCUGCAGCUCAAGAACCAGGCCAGCUCUAACUUCACUCCCAGGGCAGGAAUCAACCAGAAAGGGCAGAAAGAGAACUUGUAGGACAAAAAGGGAAGAAAGGAAUGCAUUCCAAGCUUGCAUUCCCUUAGUUCUCUGGGACUAUAUAAACACUCGAGUUCCCUUGAUGGGUCUAUCCUAAAAAUCUCUGUCCUCUUACCUGCACCAAUAAUGGGUCUUCCCUUCAGUGCGUUAAACAAGUUAGGAGUGCCAGGGUUGGGCGCAGUAACAACCGGACAAGUUUAUGAUCGACAUUUUAAGGACAGGGACACGGGCACCUUUAAAGACUUUCAUCUUGCAUAUGUCGAAUUCUGCAAGUAUUUCAACACUGUGUUGCCUGGCCAAGAUUUUGAUACUCCGGACCGUGGGGAACUAGAGGCAUUCCAUAAAAAAUGGGCAGUGGCGGACGAGCCUGGAAGGAAGAAGAUGUUCAUCGAGUAUAUGCAGGAAAACGUCCACGAGGCCAAAGUUGACGACAGCCUCUUCAUCAUGGCCGGCCUGGCUGCGCCAGCGGCGGCCAUCAUCGCCAAGAAGAGCGGCGAGAGCAUCCCGCAGGUCAAGAAGUUCAAGGUGCAUCUAAUCCCCAACGUCAUCUUUGUGCCGGUGUGCACGCUGGUUGCCAUCAUGGGUGCCACUGCAGUUCAGAUGAGCAAGAAGAGCAAAGACAACAACAAGCCUACGAGUUGAUCCCGUCUUGUUCCUGUCUGCAGUUUAAAUAAGAUGAUGUAAUAAACAAGAAACCUGGAACGCAUAUUAUCACCCAAAUGAUUGUAUAAAAUUAUACUAAGAUGCAAGUCAUGGGUUAAAUAUAUAUGUUA